AUGGAUGAAAAUGCACAGAAGUAUGUGGCAGUUUCAGUGGCACCACCUCAAGUUAGCGCUCCCCAGUACAUAGCCGCACCGAUCGGCUAUGCACCAGUACAGUAUGCCACUGGGCCAGAUGGGCAACCAAUACAGUACGCAGCUGCGCCGCCACCUGGUCAACCUCAGCCGAUGGCCAACGGUGGUGCUGGUGGCCCACCGAUGCAUGCUGCACCACCCGGUGCUCAGCCUGCUCCUCCUGUAGCUGUUUCUGCUCCCCAGCCACCAGCUCAGGGCAUGACGGCUCAAGAGGUUGCGAUAGCAAAGUUGGAGAAUUCGAUUACGAGUAUGGAAGAGCAACAGAUGACUGGCGAUCCGAGAUAUGCACAGAUGCUUCAGCUGAAACAUAAAAUCACUGGUAUGCCACCACCUCAACCCACCGAACAAAUUCCAAAACAAGAAGUAGCACUAAAAGAGAGCGGAGAUAAUAACGGUGGUAAUUUUACACCAGAUCAAAUGAGUCAAUUACGAGCUCAGAUAGGCGCCUAUAAACAAUUGGCUAGACAAGAGCCGCUGGCACCGUCACUGGCUUCGAGAGCAAUCACGAAGCUGACCACACUCUUGCCGGAUCCAUACGAUUAUCCGACCGAAGGUGAGAGCGGUGAGAAGUUGCCGUAUGAUCUGAUGAAGGUGCUCUCAUUGCAUCAACAACGUGCCAAUCGUACCACAGCUCUGCCAACUCCGCCUGGCAUUGACCCACAAACCAUUCUGAAGGAACGCGAAUAUCGGUUAGCAAUUAACUUAACAUUCGGAUUUCAUCAUCUAAAAAUAGUUUAUUGA